CAAUAAGCAAAGUGGUCACUACCCAUCAUGCUGGAGAUGAAGCGAGCGUCCAGCGUAUCCGCGGCGACGCCGAACGUAGUUGCGUUCACGACGCAUGACUCAACUAUGUCCAAGGACUCAAAGAAGCUCGACAUAUACGAUGAUACGGAGCUGGCGAUCGUCCAAGACGACAUCCCGACGCUUUCCGGCGAGCAAACCCAAGACGCAAACGGCAUUCCGUUGUGCGAGUGGCGAACCGGCCUCUUCGACGGGUCCUCGACGAACUUGACCCUGGGCCUACUCUCCGUCUUCGUCCCCUGUAUCCCCGUUAGCCACAUCGCGCAUCGAAUCGGGCUUGGCCAGUUUGUGACAGUCCUCUUCGUAGCUGGCUUCUUCUACGUCGCCAGCUUCAGCCUGAGUUUCCUACAGCGUCCUGCCGUGAAUGCCAUCGCCACCGCGUGCUCCGUUGUCUUCAUCGGACUUUUAUCCGUCCUCCGUUACCGCGUGCGGCACUUGUUUGGCAUUUCCGGUUCGUUGUUCACGGAUGCAUGCACCAUCACCUGGUGCGGCUGCUGUGCCAUCGCUCAAAUGUCCACACAUGUUCAAGCCAUGACCCCUGGCAGCUGCUGCUCCCUCGUUCCUCGCGACGUACUGCCAGGGUACAAGUAAAUAUUCCGGUGCACUUCAUCAGCCGAAUUCCUCCAAUUAUCAUCGCAAGUAGAAAGCCAAAAUAUUAUGCUAUAAAUACGAAGAUAUUUUGAUCCGUGAGAA